CUCAAUCAUCUCAAAAGCCAUUUUUGUUUGGCUCUCUCUUUAGUCAAUCUUGAUUUGCCUACUUUUUUCUUGAUUUCUUGGCAGCCAUGAAUGCUCUUGCAGCAACUAGCCGUAACUUUCGCAAGGCAGCUCGCAUUCUUGGCUUGGAUUCUAAACUUGAGAAGAGUCUUUUAAUCCCUUUCAGAGAAAUCAAGGUGGAAUGCACAAUUCCCAAGGAUGAUGGAACGUUAGUUUCGUUUGUUGGAUGCAGGGUGCAACAUGAUAAUGCUCGGGGUCCAAUGAAAGGAGGAAUCAGAUACCAUCCUCAGGUUAACCUUGACGAGGUAAAUGCCCUUGCUCAACUAAUGACUUGGAAGACUGCUGUAGCAGAUAUUCCAUAUGGGGGAGCUAAGGGUGGAAUUGGCUGCAAACCAAAAGACCUAAGCAAAAGUGAAUUGGAGCGCCUUACACGCGUUUUCACGCAGAAAAUUCAUGAUCUUAUUGGAAUUAAUACUGAUGUCCCUGCACCUGAUAUGGGCACUAACGCCCAGACUAUGGCCUGGAUUUUGGAUGAGUAUUCAAAGUUUCAUGGGCACUCACCUGCAAUUGUGACUGGAAAACCAAUUGAUCUUGGGGGGUCAUUGGGUAGGGAAGCUGCAACUGGACGUGGUGUAGUUUAUGCAACAGAAGCUUUACUUGCUGAACAUGGGAAGAAUAUUAAGGAUUUGACUUUUGCAAUUCAGGGUUUUGGAAACGUAGGAGCUUGGGCAGCAAAGCUUAUUCAUGAGAGGGGCGGCAAGGUAAUUGCAGUGAGUGACAUAACUGGAGCGGUAAAGAAUCCUAAUGGGCUUGAUAUAGCCACUUUGCUUACUCACAAAGAAGCAACAGGAAAGCUGAUUGAUUUUAGUGGUGGAGAUGUGUUGAAUUCAGACGAAUUGCUUACACACGAGUGUGAUGUUCUCAUACCUUGUGCUUUGGGAGGAGUUUUGAACAGAGAAAAUGCUGAUCAUGUCAAGGCCAAGUUCAUCAUAGAAGCAGCAAAUCAUCCUACUGAUCCAGAAGCUGAUGAGAUUUUGUCUAAGAAAGGCGUUGUAAUACUUCCCGACAUAUAUGCCAAUGCUGGAGGUGUGACCGUCAGUUAUUUUGAGUGGGUUCAGAAUAUUCAAGGUUUUAUGUGGGAUGAGGAGAAGGUUAACAUGGAGCUUAAGAAGUACAUGACAAAAGCCUUCCAUAACCUGAAGACCAUGUGUGAGUCACACAAUUGCAAUCUUCGGAUGGGUGCCUUCACACUGGGGGUGAAUCGCGUUGCGCGUGCUACAAUAUUAAGAGGUUGGGGGGCAUAGUGGCACAACAUACUCCCUUUAUACGCUAAAUAUUUAUGGUCUUUCUCUGCUGCCUGCAUAAAUUGAGUCAUUUGAGACAUUCAACAAAUAAAAUAGUCCUUGGUUCUUAGAUUAUUCUGGCAAUGACUGUUUUGCCAUCUCAUAUUAUUGCUGCAUUGUAAAGUAUGUGCUGGAAAUUGAAUGGAAGAUGGAUAUUAAAAGGAAAUUGAAUGGAAGAUGGAUAUUAACUUA